AUGUUUGUUACUUCAAAAUUCCUUACCCGCUGGUCUUUCCCUUUUAUUAUGUUUCGGUUUUAAUUUACCUGCUUCGGUUACAAACCGGCGGUGCCGCCAGCAGGAAGUGAGAGAGAAACGCAGUUCAAUUCAACUUAACUCAACCACAAGGAGCCACGUCAUCAUCAAUUUCAUAGUUACCUUUCAAUAUGUCAGGCAGAGGACGAGGACGUGGCCGAGGGGGAUGGGGAGGAGGCCGCGGCAUGAUGACAUAUGCGAGAGAAAUGGAGUUUGAACUCUUUCCUGAGGAUGUUACUUUGCCUUCUAAUAAAGUCAAUCAUGAUGAUACUCUCAUGAAGGACUUGUUACGACGCAAUGCCAGGCUUCAAAAUUAUUGGAAAGCCUCUCCUUAUCUUAUCGAGGAAACAGAAGAGAACAAAAGGAUGCAUGUAGAAAGAUUUUCUGACAGGAACAAGACAACAUUUACUCGUGAUUCUUUAUCGCAGAUUUUAGUGUUCAAGGAAUUCCCUAAGGAGUUGGUUCGAGGUACAGCUACAGCUAGGCGUCCAAGCCGUAAAAGAUUUCGGUGGAACCCAGAGUCAGGUAUUAAGCGAAUUGAUUUCUUCGAACAGCUAGAGAAAAAGAACCAGGACUGGUGGGGGGAUGGCUGUUGUGGAAUUGGUACCUUGGGGGUUCCAUUAUUGUUGUUAUCACUGUUGCCACCAGCGUUGUUUCCUCCACUUUCAUCAUAGCUUCCGCUCCAUUAUCAUUGCCUCUUCUACCUCCAACAUAGCCGUUGCUGCAAAUCUCCUCCAGCUCCAAGCCAUCAUCACUUGAUCAUCUGUAAAACUCAUGGAGCUUUGAGCCUUGUAUAUUAGUUUUGGGAAGAAAAUUGCCUUUUGCUGAACAGAAUACUAAAUUUUCCUUUUUUAUUCAUUCUGUUGGGGGAUUUUAACCCACU